AUGGCUGAUUUCCGGCAGCUCGCCCUCGACUUCGUUCUCGAGGACAAUAAGACGAAAUCAGUUAGCAUCGCCCAGAAAGCUGCCAAGGAGAUCGAAGCAUCUGCCCCAACUUCAAAUCCAGUUGCGCGAUGGGUCGAGUCCGUCCAACCCUGGAUGCCCGGCAACAACGAUGAUGACUUGAUGCGGGAUGCUGCUGACACACCAGACUGGUCUGCGAGAUCAAAAGCUUUGGAGUUCUUGUCCAUGACGUUGUCUUACCUCAACCCCGAUGUCCUCAAACCUAGCCAAGUCAAUCUUUUAGUCACCUUCUUCGGAGCCAUGUUUGAUGUCGACCAUAAAGCCGGCAUCCUUCCUUCAGCAACCGCAUUGUCACGAAUCAUUACGAUGAAGUCGUUCCACCCAAACAGCGGCAAGGAUAUAAUUCAAAAGGUCUGCGCGCUGAAGGACGAUUUCCCCAGACAGCUAUCGAAGACGCGGCUCGCCGUUUAUGAGCUACUGAGGUCUCUGAUUUCCAACAAAGAAGUUGCCAUAUCCUUGAAACAGCGUGAUGGCGAUGAUGCAGCAUUUAUGAAGGAGCUUCUGCACCUAUGCCAGAUCGAGAGGGAUCCAGAUUGCUUAAUAAUUUGGUUUGACGUCCUGAGGCUCUUUUUGUCGAGGUUUUCGUCAUCAAAAGAAACCUUGGAAGAGGUGUACGGGGCAUUCAAGGCAUACUUUCCUAUCACGUUGCCUCGCACUGCACAGAGUGGUGUGACGCCAGAGGAACUAAAGUUACAGCUCCGGAAGUGCUUUUCGUCAAGCGACAGCCUCGCCUACCUGGCCCUGCCCUUUUUAAUUGGCAAACUGGACCAAGGAGACGGCGUUACGGUCAAUGUAAAGGUUGAUGUCUUGCGAACAAUAAGAGCGUGUCUAGAAGAAUAUCGAGAUUCAAAAGAAGCAAUUAUACCUUACACAAAUAGAAUAUGGACCAGCCUGAAAUAUGAAGUUAGGAAUGGGGAAAUCGAGGAUACGAUUUGGGCGACGCUCGAGGUCCUGAAGACUCUGGCUACGCGAUUGACCGGAGACGACCUGCGAGACUACACAUUGACAGUCACUAGAGAUUGUGUGGCUGAUUUGGCAACGCCCAUGUAUACCACCGCAGCCGGUCGAUUGCUUGUUAGUGUACUCAGUGCCAAUCCUAGCACCUUUGUUCUUAUGGUUGCGCCGAUAAUCACGCACAUCAAGGAGAACUUGCGCCACCCUAAGUCGCCAACUCAUAGCCAAGAUCUUCUCAAAAUUUUGCGAAUCGUUUUGGAAACUAGAUUGCUCCUCACAGGUGUGGAGAUGUCGGAACAAGAGAGGAACGACUUUGCGGCGGUGGAUGGUGUCUUCAAGACUCUGUAUUCUGAUGUCUACAAAAGCCCUUUGGAACUGUCGAAGAAAUCUGAUGCAUCAGACGAAGACUUCAAACUCUCGACAGAGGCGGCCCAAGGUGUUGGGGCCCUUGCAGGACAAAAGGAAGUACAAUCCUUGGCACCCAGCAUCUCAGAUGCGAAGUUGCUGCUUCCUGCAUCAACAUGCUCUGAGAGCUGUGAGACGCUAUUUGACAUAACUACAAUACACUGGAAUGAAAGGGCCAGGAGAAUGGGUGCUGAUGAUUUAGUGAACGAAUCAACAAAGGCACUACAACGAAUCAUCCAGGCAUAUCCAGAAGGAUUUCAGUCGUUGAUUUCCAAAGGCUCCUCUAUUCUUCGACACUCUGUCACCGAUUUCACCCACGAUUCUCUAGACACCAUCCAAUCACUUGGUCCCCUGUUGGCAUAUGUUGGUUGCUCCACGCUCUCGGAAAAUUUGACCCAGUCUCUGGCACAAUAUAUCCAAACAAUGAUGGCUAUAGAGCUGGAACUUUUGGCAGCCAUUGAUCAAGCAGCUAGCCCAAGAUUAUGGUGUGCCUUGAUUGCGGGAAUCCACUCAGCUGUGCGAUAUUUCAACGACGCCUGCUUGGAACGGGACGCAAAGGCUGGUGCAGUGGACGGAUUAUUAUCUCUGGACACCAUCACUGUCAAAUAUCCACAGCUGUCCUCUGAGAAUGUUUCAAGCGAGGCCGACUCAUCAUCUAGUCGGCCUAGUCUAAGUUCUGUCAGUGAAGCUCGAAGCGACGCUUUACUGAUUGGCCUGCAUAUUACCGGCUCGCUAUAUAGACGGACGACCAAAACAGCUGAAACAGGAAGCUACCUUGCGUUAAGUGACGACUUCAAGAACUCAGAACCCCAACAUGAACGCAGGUAUCUUUACCUGUUGUCGGAACUUGCUGGCUUCAUUGUUCACGAGCUCAGUGAAUCUCAACAGGCGUCACUGGAGGUCGAGAAGUACGCCUUGAAUCUGUUCCGAGAAGAAGAGAUCAAGCUAUCCGAAUCCUCAUCUUGGAGUUGGCUCACACGCGGGGAUUUGAGCGUGCUGUCACUCGGAGUAUUGGAGGCCGUCAGACCGACCAGAAUAGCCAGACUUUACGAAUCUGGCGUAGCGCAGCAAAUUUUGGCAGAAGGUACAGCUCCUGGUGACUCCGUUACCGACAUCACCUCAAGGCCCGUAAAGAGAUCUAUCCUUUCCGUCCUCGCGAACAAGCACAAUAUCGAGACUCUCGACCCCAUCAUGACAAACGUGGAGGCUAGUUUGCAAGAUUCUCUCCAAAAGAUCAAGUCAAGCAGCAGCGACGACUUCUCAGUGGCAAACUUGGAAACUAGCUUCUCCAUUUUCUCCUUGAUUGGCGGGCUCUUAAGGCGAUAUAGUGGUAGCAAAGUCCAACCGCUGAUCCAGGUCUUGCGUACCGUCCCCAACGAUGCCCGAUUCGGAUACCAACUCGCCCGAGGGCUUGAGAUCAUCGUUGCCCCUCAAAGAUAUCUCACGAAGGAAAAUUAUGCCGUGGUCAGACUCCUUUGGUUGCAGAAAGUCUACGUCGAGCUCAUCAAACCAAUGCUAGAAGUCGCACUAGGCAAUGACGCCAGCAUCACUGAUCCGGUAAUCAAGACCAACUACAGCUUGGCAGUGUUACUAAUGGUGAAACACCUAAACUUUUCAAUCUACGAACAGGACGCAGAUAAGAUUCUACGCAUCGCCAUCGCUAUUGCGCAGAAUCUUGGGACCGGAUCAGACGGCAUGGCAGCUCUGCAAGUUAUUAAGAACAUUCUUGUGGAGGCGUCAGAACAAGCGCAAGACCACAUCCGUAGUUUGGUCAAGAUAUGUACGGGUUUCUUCACAAACAGGGGCCAAUCUUCAAGUAGGCCUGAUUGGUUGCCUGCAGAAUAUGGAGCCGUAGUUGCGACGUUGGAGGUGCAGGCCGGUUGUGGUAAGAUAGCAUUGGAAAUCGUGGGUGGCCUACCGCGAAUGUUUGAGCCUCGAUAUCUACUGGCGUAUGAACCACAAGUUCAGCGCGAUUUGUCGACUGCGUGUGGACAUCGGGUGCGUGAGUUGAGAAGCACAGCUAGGUUGGCUCGUGGUGCAUGGGCGGAUGUGAAAUAG